AUGAGUGUGUGCUACAUCGUCCCCUCGCUCGUUUUCAUCGUAGCUUUAAGCUUCAUGACGAGUUCCUGUGAGGCAAAAACGACGGUCCAUAUUUACGCGGGACAGAUCAAAAAGCGACACCUGAGAAGUUACGGCGUGGGUGAUGUCGACAUGAAGGACAAGACCAGUGGCGAAGAGCGGGCGGGAAGCAUUGACCCGAAAACUAUUGCCGACCUCUUACAAGCGGACGACAUCGUAUCUGCUCUAAAAAGCCACGGCAAACUAGAUGUGUUGUUCGCGCGGUUGGCUCAAGAUGAGAAUGCGGCGAAGGAAAUCGUUUCCAAACUAUCCGCAAAUGGCAAGAUUAUCGAAAACAUGUCGAUUAUCGAUAAACUCAACAAUGCAAGAACAUCGGUAAAUUUCAACCAAAAGCUCACGGACUGGCUCGACACGAAGACCUUGGACGAGUUAGUAUCAGCGCUGCGAGCUUUUAGGUCGGAAACGAUGACGCAUCAAUUCAGGGAGUGGUAUUAUACGAUCGGGAAAACCCCAGAAGACUUAAGUGCGGCGAUCGCGACUAUAAAAAACGAAAACAAACGGAAGGGAUUCGGUGCGCUCGCUUUCCACUUCAAAAUGUUCGUCCAAAGGGAGGAGAAUAACGCCAAAAUGGCAGCCGAGAAUGCGGCAGCUAUUUAG